UUAAAGGCUGCCCAACUGGGUCAGGUAUGACAUAACAUGCCCCCAUCGACACUCUUCCGUAGUUCGCGACGCUCGUCUAGAGCCCGCUCGCAUAAUUGAAGACGCCAUGUCGCUAACCUUCACCUUGCAGGCACUGCUCGUCCGCCAUGAGAGCUACGUCGCCGACUCGGAGCGCGAGCGCCACAACAUGCUCCGCACCAUUGAGAAUCUGGAAAGGGAGAAGCGGGAGUUGGAGGACAAGAAUGCGCAGACCAUUAAGGCGAACCGGGACCUCCUCGACCAGCUCGAGCACCUCAACGGUGCUGUCGCAGACUCGGAUGCGCAGAUCAAGGCCUUGACUGAUACCCUUCACUCCACCGAAGACGAGAUCCAGCGUCUGUCGUCGCUUGCUGCCCGCACGCAGAUGCUAGAACGCCAACUGAUUGAGCUGGAACGGGAGCAGGUGUCACUGCAGGGAACGCUGGACGACAAGGUUGGCGACGAACGUACGGCUAUCCAAAGGUGGCGCAGGGCAGAAAAGACCAUAGGAGAUCUCCAAGACCAAAUCGACCGCAUCGAGAAAGAAGCCAAGGAAGAACGGGAGCGGCAUGUGGAGAUCGUGGCGCGUAUGGAACGGCGCAUGGCGGUGGACCAGGAACUGGCAACAGCAGCGGGCAGAUUGAAAGCAAAAGCAGGACAACAGGAAAAACCCGGGACGAACGUCGUGUCGCACUUCGUCAAGGACAUUCUGCUCGACAACGCUAAUCUACAACAUGGAAUUCUGGAACUUCGCGAUAUGCUCACAACUUCGAAUGAGGAGGUGGAACGACUGAGAGAUCAGCUCCGAGCUCACCAACCGGUAUCGCCAGUAUUGGAACAUUCCAGCAAUCCAGUAGCGACAGCCACGAGUCUGCAGAAGGAAUUGGGUAAUGAAACGAUCUUCAAUCAGGAAUUGCACAUCCAUCAUCAUUACCAUGGUCCGCCUCCAAAGAAAGAGCCGCCAAAGGCUCAAGCGCCGCGUCGUCCAAAGAAAAAGCGGUAUAGCCUUACUCCGGGGCACUUUAUGCCUCCAGCACUGCAAGAGCCGUCAGCGCCUGCAGCCAUUCUGUCACAGACAGCCGUUUCUGUGCCUCCGAACCCGAACAGGUGGUCGAAUGCCACCACGCUGUGUCCACCUUCAUUACCGGGGUCACCACUAUCUGUGUCACAUCGGGACUCGAUUUACGACCGAGUCUUUAGUGAUGCAGCGUACGAUUCAUCACGGCCGACAAGUCCAUCGGACAGCGUCAAUCCUGCGUCUCCCAUGUUCGAGCCUUCAAAGUACGCAGAGAAUUCAGACGGCCUGGUCCGCCACAAACGACGCACGUCGCAAAGUCUAAAGCCGCCCAGUUUGGCUACCAUCCGCAGCGUAUCGUCACCUAUUGCUCUUACGACAAAAUCAAGCGCCACGGCUGUAAUCUCAGCAGUCAGUCCCGCACAUUCACUAUCCAACGACAUAUUCACUUUAUCUCCAUCUCUACAUUCCACGAUACCCGAAGAAGACGAAGAGAGUAGAAUCGAAGAAGUGACCCACGACGACGACUCCGUCAUAGCCACCCCUUCACCUGCACAAGACCUCGACCUAGGCAUCGACUUCGACGCCACUCCAUCUCGCCCUACAAUCCGCCGCGCCGCAUCCCACGAAUCCCUAAUAUCAAUCUCCGGCAUGGACAUCCACACCCUCCAGUCCCGCCCCGCGCAACUCCUCCUCUCCUCCUCCCCUCGCUUCGCAAGCCACGCCCCAGCCUCCUCAUCCAUCGAACCAGAACUCACCCCCUGGACCGCCACCGCCUCCGCCCGAAUGUCAACCUCCCGCCCAGGACGCCUCGACACGCGCUCCCUCCUCUACGGCUCGAUGGUCGCCCAGAAACGCAGCACCUCCGCCAGCAAGCAAACCCCCUCUCCCUCCUCCUCCUACACCGGCGUCGCCCUCGGCAAGAAAGUCGGCGGCUGGGUCUUCGGCAAAUGGGGUGCCACGCCCGCACCCACAUCGCCCUCACCCCUCUCCCCUCGCCCCGAAUCCUCCGCCUCCUCCCAGUCCGCACAAACCGUGCAAAGCUCGUCCAGCGCUUCGAAGAAGACUGACGCAACGACGGCGGCGGCGGCGCAGAAGAAAAAGGACCCCGCGCCCCCGCGUCUCCGACCCUCAGGCGUCAACCAGUCCGGCCCGAUAUGGGGCUUCUUCGACAUCCCCGAGACCCCCACAAAGGUCGUCGUCACGGCGGACGAAGUCGACGCCGAUGCGCUGGGCGAGGCGCUCGAGGAGAGAGCGGCGGCGACGACGACGACGACGACGUGAAUGUAAACACCCGGCGCGAUUGAUCUAGCAUUUUUCUCACAUUUUCUCGCAUUCUUACGUUUGACGCGUUUACGUUUUUGGGAUCGCGAUUGCGAUUGUCUUUUCUCCGGUUUUUUGGAUACCCCCCACAGCACAAACCACACGAGCAUGACUACCGGUGGUGGUAGAGUAGAUAGAGUAUAG